UUCAUGGGUCUAUCUUUAUUUUUUGUCUUUUCAGGAAUAGGUUUUCAUCCAUAGAUCAAUUUUUAUCGAGAUGUGAGCUGCCUAUUUUCAUUCUUUUCCUAAAUUUAUUGACGAAUCGAAGUUUUAAUAGUUUUGGGGAUGCGAGACUUAAAAAUUAAGGUUAAAAAAUAUGUUCUCCUAGUUGACCUGCAUUCAACCUGAUUGCAUUGGAUACAACAAAAACAGGGUACCUUUAUAUGGUGCAGACUAGAGUUCAGCAAUUUUAUUGUGGAUGUUGGGGUCAGUAAUCAAAGUGGGUGCCACUGACUUUCCUAUAAUUCUUCGAGUUCUCUACAGUUGGUCUCCAAUUAGAUGCCUUUUCGGUCAUUAGUUCAGAGAGUUUUUUCCUGUGUGCUCGGUUUUUAAUGUUUAUUUCUUCGGCGCUUUACUCAUUGAAAAUGGUUGUAAUCAAUGCAUUGUCACCCAAAACCUUGUUUUCUUUAUUUAUCAAUAACCUUGCAGUGAAUUUAAUUGCUUGAAAUGGGUCCAGUCCUCUCUUGAUUGAUAUUAAUGGGAGAUAGAUUCUCAGUUGCUGGCUUGUUAUUUGAGAUCAAACCAUGAGCAAUUUGUUUUAUCAGAAGCUAAAUCCAACAAAUUGAAGUUUGUGGCAGUGCUUCAAAACAAGGACUUGUGGACACCUUUGGAAUUAUGAGAAACUCAGCUCAAUGAAAGGAGUGUUAGUUGUAUCAGUAGUUACUUUAUUUAAUGCUAUUAAUGCUUUUACAAACCAGACUUGUAGCUCAAUGCCGACACAACAUAUCUACAGGGCAAUUGGCCUAACUGUGAAAUGAAGGAUAGAGAAUCCAAGGCAGGGAUGUAUCCAGAGCGGUCAUGGAGGCUGGUUCCUCUGGUUUUGAUGUUCUUCUCUCUGUGCGCUGUUUCAUUUUAUUUGGGUGGCAUAUAUUUCACCGAGAAAGAGAAAUUAAAGCUAGUAGAAAAUGAAACAUCACAGCCAUUUUUAGCAGCUAAGUGUGCAGUGGCCAGUGUGAAAACCGUGGCAUUUGACGAAUGUAGCUUUCAAUAUCAAGAUUAUACUCCAUGCAUGGACCCAAAGAGGUGGAAAAGAUAUGAUCGCCAUCGACUUGCAUUCAGGGAGCGACACUGUCCUCCGCUAUCAGAGAGAGUUGAAUGUUUAAUCCCUCCACCAAAAGGCUACAAGAUACCUAUGAGCUGGCCAAAGAGCAGGGAAGAGUGUUGGUAUAGGAAUGUUCCCUAUGACUGGAUUAACAAUGUAAAGUCCAAUCAAAAUUGGCUGCGGAAGGAAGGGGAAAAGUUCAUUUUUCCAGGCGGAGGGACCAUGUUUCCUAGAGGUGUUAAUGAAUACCUUGAUUUAAUGGAAGAGUUGAUUCCUGGAAUGAAGGAUGGCAGCGUUAGGACUGCCCUUGAUACUGGAUGUGGGGUUGCAAGCUGGGGAGGUUAUCUGCUCGAUCGUGGCAUCUUGACUAUGUCGCUGGCACCAAGAGAUAACCAUGAAGCUCAAGUGCAGUUUGCUCUUGAACGUGGAAUUCCUGCAAUGUUGGGCAUCAUAUCAACACAAAGGCUUCCUUAUCCGUCCAGUGCAUUUGACAUGGCUCACUGUUCGCGGUGUCUUAUUCCUUGGACAGAAUUUGGUGGAAUUUACUUGAUGGAAAUUGACCGAGUGUUGAGACCGGGAGGGUUCUGGGUGAUAUCUGGCCCCCCUGUAAACUAUGAAAACCGUUGGAGAGGCUGGAAUUCGACCAUAGAAGAGCAGAAAGCCAAUUUUGAUUCCCUACAAAAUCUUUUGACAAGUCUGUGUUACAAACUACAUAGCACAAAAGAUGACAUUGCUGUGUGGCAGAAGCCAAUAGAUAAUAAUUGCUAUGGUAGUCGUAAAGAAACUGCAUAUCCUCCAAUAUGCGACGACAGCAUUGAACCAGACGCAGCAUGGUAUGUGCCUCUGAGGCCUUGUAUUGCAGCUGCAAAUCCCAACUUCAAGAAAUUGGGGGUGGGAUUGACACCAAGAUGGCCAGAUCGUCUGAAUGUUGUCCCAGAUAGAAUUAGAACAGUGUCUGGAGGGAAUAGUAAUUCAUUCAAAAAGGAUGCAGCUAAAUGGGUGAAAAGAGUCAAGUACUACAAAACAUUGCUGCCUGAGCUUGGAAGUGACAAAAUAAGGAAUGUCAUGGAUAUGAACACUAUUUAUGGAGGUCUGGCUGCUGCAUUGAUAAAGGAUCCUGUGUGGGUCAUGAAUGUUGUCUCAUCCUAUGGUAUUAAUUCCUUACAUCUGGUCUAUGACCGUGGCUUAAUUGGCACAUACAAUGACUGGUGUGAGGCAUUUUCAACAUAUCCUAGAACCUAUGAUCUCUUACACCUUGAUGGGCUUUUCACUGCAGAAGGUCACAGAUGUGAGAUGAAAUUCGUCUUGCUGGAAAUGGACAGAAUGCUAAGACCUAAUGGCUUUGUCAUUAUCCGUGAAUCUCCAUAUGUUGUAGAUAGUGCAUUCAAUCUUGCCUCUGUCAUGAGAUGGGAUUGCAGGAAAAGUGGCACAGAAGACAGUCAAAAUGAGAAAGAAAAAGUUUUGAUUUGUAAGAAGAAAUUCUGGCAAUCCUCAACACUAUAAAGUAAAGAACUUGCCUUAUGUUGUUCCCGCACUGCACAUCCAUGCAGAACGAUGUACAAAUGAUUAAGCAAAUUCCAAAAAAAAAUUCAGUUACUAAGUGCAUAAUAUUAGCUCAAAAAAGUUGGCCACUUCAGAAGGUGCUGUGCGAGACUGUCUACUGCAUUCUUUAUUGUAAAUCUGCACUUUAUUCUUUGUAUCUGCUCUAUAAUUAGUUAAAAUUGUGCAUCUCCCAAUGGUGUGCAAUUCCAUUACGAUACAGCGUACAGCUUUUAACAGUUUCAUCGGUGGAGUUUAAAUCACUUCACAGUCAUUGCCUUCAAUAUUACAUUACAUUAUUAUCACUUGAUUCAAAUUCUUUAAAAUAUAAUUUGAAUUAAUAUUACACGAGUUGAUUUUAUAAAAUUCUU